UGUAGCUAAAACAAACUGCUACAGCUCGCUAAUUGAGAUUUAAAUAGAGUAAAGUUUCAGUUUAUGAUCACUUUCCCUUGAAAAUCUAAGAUAAUUGUUAAAAUGCGGCGUACAAAGUAUUUCACGCCGAACGAAGUGUCGCUGCACAACACAUUUGGAGAUAUCUGGGUGUCGUACCUGGGCAAAGUGUACGAUCUGACACCACUGGUGGAAGAAUAUAAAGGAGAUGUGUUAUUGAAACCUAUUGUAGAGUGUGCAGGACAGGACAUCAGUCACUGGUUUGACCUAAAGACAAAAGAUAUUUUAACCCAUGUUAAUCCGUUAACCGGCUGCAUUAAAUACUACACCCCUAGAGGGCGCUUCAUACACAUACCCCCUCCCUGCCCUCGUACUGACUGGGCCAGUGACUUUGGGAAGCCGUGGUGGAAGGAUAACCGUUACGAGGUUGGGCUUCUGUCUGCCAAAACACGCUGGAUCCGCAUUAUCAACACACUCACCUCCCAGGAGCAAAGGCUGGAGGUUUGCUCAGAAGAGACUUUGAAUGAGAUUCUCCAGCGAUACCUUUGCUAUAAUUCCCAUGCAGCAAACUACACCUGGAAACACAAUGGAGUAAACUUGGAUAUGAGCAAGACCCUGAGUGAAAACAGCAUCCCUGAAGAAGAUGAGUUUUACUGCGGAAGCACAGACUGCGACCUUUUCUCUCCAUCUAUAUGCCUGUAUUUCAAUGACGACCUCACUGAACUUUGACAACGAGAGGAAGACGGUUGCUGUUAAUGUGGAAAAUGAAGGCUUGUAAUUCAUUAAAAUAUAUUUAUCCACUGCAAAGUAAUUAAUAGGAACCAUGAACAUUGCGUCAUUUGAACAUCUCAUCGAUUCCUGCCUGUGUUCAUCUUAUUGCAGCUUGUUGAGCUUCAUCCAAUCAAAUGCUGAGCAACAGAAUAAACAAGAUGAAUGCCAGCCCAGCCUACAUAAUAAACUCCUGAACCAUUAAGUCUGGUGGUUGCCAUGGUAAUUGCUCAGAGGAAAUGCAGCAGCUAUUGUAGACCACAGCAGGCUUUCAAACCCUA